AAAAGAGAAAACAGGGCAUCAAACGCCUCACCCCGCUGUCGUUUUGCCCUCUCCCUCGUCUUUCCAUCCCACCAUCGCUUAUCUUCCGUCUCCAACACACUGAUAAACUCCUCUCUCCUUGUCCUCCACCAUUUCAUUCAUCAUCAUCUCCUUCCUUCUCCUUCCCCCAACCCCAACUAACUAAAGCCAGAUGCCCAACUGAGGAAGAAACAAGAAUCUAGAAUCCCUUCACCAUGUUUCUGUUUUCCAGAUCCAUAGUUUCUUGAGCUCUCUUUCUCAUUCUCAGAUCUUGGCUGCAGACAACCCAUCAAUUGUUGUCCGCAUAUAUAUUCCUACGCGGUAAAGCGAUACUAAAUUCUCGUCCAGAUGGGUUCGAUUCGGGUAGAUCUGGGCUGUAGAAUUCACCCCGAAACGAUUGACCACUUCGACCGGCUCCCCGACUCCCUCAUCCUCUUGAUCUUCAAUAAAAUCGGCGACGUUAAAGCUUUGGGCCGCUGCUGCGUUGUUUCAAGGAGAUUCCAUUCUCUCGUUCCCCAGGUAGACGACGUCAUCGUCCGUGUCGAUUGCGUCAUCUCCGACGACGAUUCCUCCGGGACUUCGUCCUCUUCAGCCUCCGCUGCAUCUGAUAAAUCCCGCUAUCCCAUCUCCUCCCUCUUUCGCAUCUUCUUUUCCGGAAUCUUCAGACCCUUGCAAUCCCUCACUCAGCUCAUUACUCCUUCCUCCCGCCGCCUUCCUUCACUUAACGACGAUGUUGACUCCGAAACUGAGCAAAAUAGCGUCACUCACCAUUCACCUACUCAGGUCUUGAAGAAUUUUAACGAGAUCAAGUUCCUCAGGAUUGAACUUCCCAGUGGGGAGUUAGGGAUUGACGACGGUAUUUUGCUCAAGUGGAAGGCGGAUUUUGGGUCUACUCUUGAUAAUUGUGUUAUUCUUGGAGCAUCCAGUAUCGUUCAGAACAUGAAUAGUGGCUGCGAUUUUUUGGGUGCCUGUAAUGUCAACAAUACUGAUAAUGGCACCAACGGUUAUAACAGUAACGGAGUGGAGAAUGAUAAUGGGAGCAUACCAGAGUCUUUUUAUACAAAUGGAGGUUUGAAGCUGCGUGUUGUGUGGACCAUUAGCUCGCUGAUUGCGGCCUCUGCAAGGCACUACCUGCUGCAGCCCAUAAUAGCAGAGCAUAAGACACUGGAGAACUUGGUUUUGACAGAUGCAGAUGGGCAGGGAGUGCUGUCUAUGGACAAAGAGCAGUUGGAGGAGUUGAGAGUGAAGCCUUUGUCGGCCUCAUCUGCCUCGAAGAGAACUCUUGUCCCUGCUCUGAAUAUGAGGCUGUGGUAUGCACCUCAGUUGGAGUUGCCAAAUGGGAUGGUGUUAAAAGGGGCGACCUUGGUUGCAAUCAGGCCUAGCGAGCAGCCGAAGAAGGAGGUGGUGGGUUCCGAAGGGAAUUGGAUUGCCACAGCCUUUGACGAGCCGUUCCGGACAGCUGCUAGGAUGUUGGUGAAGAGGAGGACUUAUUGUCUGGAAAUGAACUCGUUUUGAGAUGGGAUUCAGCAAGGAUGGAGAAAUGGAUGUUUGAGGAAACUGCUGCUUUUGGUUUCUCAAGUAAGAGGAUUUCCAAGUUUCAAGAAGCAGAGUAUACAGUUUUGUCUUCAAGAUAGAUUACAAGAAGUGAGUAGCAAGGGAGUUUUAUGCUUCCUUGUACGACUGCAUUGUCGAUCACUGGUUGAUUUCGAGCCUUAGACUAUCCACCUCCUACCGUGAAACCUAUGGAUAACAGGCAUCUGCUUUCAUUUUGAAACUCAAGCAUAUGCUUCUAUGAGUGCGAAUAAUGCACCUGGGUUAUAUUGUAAGAAUUAUAAGCCUUUGACUCUGGAUGUAAUCUACAGAUGUUAGUUAUCUUUCUGUGAAUAUUGUAGGUUUGAAGAUCUCAUGCUUAUGUGAUGUCCUCCUAAAGGUUCACCAUGAAAUGUAUCAUCAAUUUCAGCUGCA